AUGAGAGACCAACUCCGCACCCGCUACGAGCUUCGUCAGGUCCAGUCAGACUCAAUGCCCUGGCAGCAAGUCCCGGGCAAGCAGGUGCUGUGGAUUGGCUGCUCGGAUAGUGAUUACGAUGAGCUGGAGACCCUGGGUCUCCAGGCCGAUCAGGUCUUGGAGUAUCGCAAUCUGGGAAAUAUGGUGAUCGACGACCUUUCUUGUCAGACCACGCUGGGCUAUGCAUUGGAGCAACUCAAGAUUCGGGAUAUUGUCGUAUGCGGGCAUUACGGCUGUCACAUUGUUCAGGGGAAGCCCAAUCCUUGCGUUCCGGAGCCUUGGAGUAGAGCCCUUGACAUGAUUCGUUCGGCGCACAAUCACGCUCUCGACCAAACCAGCGGUCAGGAACGGGACCGAGCCAUGGUCGAAUUGAACAUCCUCGGCCAGGUGCAGUCGUUGAGUCAAGCACAUGACCACGAUGUCCAGGUCUUUGGGGUGGUGUAUGACCGCACAUCGAAAACGGGAUAUCAGAUUACUGAGGCUGAUUGUUGA